GCGACAAUGUUGCUGUCACUGACCCGUUCCAUUGGGGCUAGGAUUAUGAAGUAAAUGCAACUGACGGCCGGUCCUGUCCCUGAUAUUUCGUCGCGUUAACUUGGAAGGCGUGGGCAGAGGCUUCGCCAUACCUACUUCAAUCCCGGAGUAUGCAAGCUAGUGUAUCCACCAUAUGCAACUAAAGUAACUCGGCGAUUGGUCUCAACCGAUAAACAAAUUAUGAGGUCAAAUUGAAGUUAAUUAUGCGCUCACACGGCACUCCAACCCGGCUCGACGACCGAUACAACCCAACGCGCACGUUCCUUGCCAAUCCAGGUACCAUCAGUUGGAAUCAACCAGGGUUAUCCGAAUCGCAUAUCCGAGGAAGUCCGGAACUUCUGAUGCACAUGUGCGUGUGCAAUCACAGCGUCGACAUUGGUCCUCAAGGACAUCCUGUCCUAUGGUCUCUUUUCCAAUCUCGCGUCGCAAACGCAAUGUUCCCCUGCAUGUAUCUUCUAGAACUUCUGGAAGGCUUCUGUGGUACAGCAAUAUUACGAUAGUCGUACUGCCGAAUGUGUACUUGGAACCCGGAUGGUACACCUA